GGAACAUGGAAGACACACACGGACAGAGGCAGAGUGGAACGUUUGGACAGGGCAGAGGGACACAGAAUUUGCAAUGGCUUCAACGACCAUCUCUCUUUCCUUAGCUACAAUAUCAUCUUCAAAAGCUCUUCUCUCUCAUCCGAAACCCACCUCCAUUUAUACUUUCAAAGCCUAUGAAAGGACCUUUUCAUCUUCUCUACUGGGUACCAGUUUAAGCAUUGAAACAGCGAGACCAAGACCAAUAUGCAGGGGGACAGCUUCUUCUUCUUCUAAUGGGGUCACUUGCUCAAGUUCUUCUUCCCCUCUCCCAUCUGCACUCCUCUUUGAUUGCGAUGGUGUUCUUGUUGAUACUGAAAAAGAUGGGCAUCGUGUCUCUUUCAAUGAUACUUUCAAAGAGAAAGAUUUGGGAACAACAUGGGAUGUGGAUUUGUAUGGUGAACUGCUCAAAAUUGGCGGUGGAAAAGAAAGGAUGACAGCCUACUUUAACAAGACAGGUUGGCCUGAGAAAGCUCCAAAGGGUGAAGAAGAAAGGAAGCAAUUCAUAGCUUCACUUCACAAGCGAAAGACUGAGCUGUUCAUGGCCCUCAUCGAGAAAAAGCUCCUGCCUCUUCGGCCAGGGGUUGCAAAGCUGAUUGAUCAAGCUUUGUCAAAAGGAGUGAAGGUUGCUGUCUGCAGCACUUCUAAUGAGAAGGCGGUCUCUGCAAUAGUCAAAUUCUUGCUAGGACCUGAGCGGGCAGAGAAAAUCCAGAUAUUUGCAGGAGAUGUUGUUCCCCGCAAGAAGCCUGAUCCAGCUAUCUAUACAUUGGCAGCCAGCACCCUUGGUGUUGAUCCUUUGAGUUGUGUUGUGAUAGAGGACAGUGGCAUAGGCCUUGCAGCUGCCAAAGCUGCUGGAAUGAAGUGCAUUGUAACUAAGAGCGGAUAUACAGCCAAUGAAGACUUUUUAAAUGCAGACGCUGUCUUUGACUUCAUUGGAGACCCUCCAGAGGAACGUUUUGACUUGGCAUUUUGUGGAAGCCUUCUUGAGAAGCAGUAUGUGAGCUAGUUGCAUAUAAAAUUAAGCUUGAGGUUAAAUUUCAGAUGAUAUCUGGUGUAGAUAUUGUUGGUAUAUGUAGAAAAAGCUGGCUAUUCUUGAGACAAUGCACUCUUUUUGCUUGGGAAUCUCUUUGGAUGAUAAUUAUUAUAUUUAAUGGUGGAUCUAAUUUCCAUCGCCAAAAUUAUAGUUGGAAUCAUUAUCUAACAA